AAAGUUGUCGGAUCUGAAGGACUCCUGCACCCCUUCACUGGCCAGUAUGUCGACCGUCACCUCACCCGCCCAAGCACCCCCACCUUUGGUGAACCCACCUCCACCUGAGGUCAUGAAUGCCAGCAAACCCGGUCGGAAAACCAACCAGCUCCAGUACAUGCAGAACGUAGUGGUGAAGACUUUGUGGAGACAUCAGUUUGCAUGGCCGUUCUACCAACCUGUAGAUGUCAUCAAAUUAAAUCUACCGGACUAUCAUAAGGUCAUUAAGAACCCAAUGGAUAUGGGAACAAUAAAGAAGCGUCUUGAGAAUAACUACUACUGGACUGCGGGUGAAUGCAUGCAGGAUUUCAACACUAUGUUCACCAACUGUUACAUCUAUAAUAAGCCAACAGAUGACAUUGUUCUUAUGGCUCAAGCUCUGGAAAAGAUUUUUCUCCAAAAAGUGGCGCAGAUGCCACAGGAGGAGGUCGAGCUGUUACCUCCUCCCCCGAAAGGCAAAGGCCGUAAACCCGGAGCGACCCCCGGCUCAGAAAGCCAGCAGUCGACGGCCCUGUCCGCCGCCUCCCCGUCGUCGUCAUGUCCGAGCUCUCCUCCGCAGCUGCCUCAGACCCCGGUCAUAGCAGCCACGCCUGUGCCAACCAUCACCUCCAACGUCCAAGCUGUGCCUCCUGCCACGCCCAUGCUCCCCAGCGCACAGCCAGUUGUCAAAGUAAUCCCUCCGACUGGGUCGUCUUUACAGAAGAAAGGGGUGAAACGGAAAGCCGACACGACCACGCCCACGACCUGUGCUAUAACGGCCAGCCGCAGCGAAUCGCCGGCGAUGAUGGACUCCAAACACGCCAAGGUGAUCUCACGGCGGGAGAGCACGGGGCGUCCCAUCAAGCCGCCCAAAAAAGACCUGGAGGACGGAGAGGUGACGCAGCACGCCGGCAAGAAGGGCAAACUGACGGAUCAUCUCAAAUACUGCGACACCAUCCUGAAGGAGAUGCUGUCGAAGAAACACGCAGCCUACGCAUGGCCCUUCUACAAGCCCGUAGACGCAGAAGCUCUUGAGCUCCAUGACUACCACGAGAUUAUCAAACAACCCAUGGACCUCAGCACCGUCAAAAAAAAGAUGGACAGUCGAGAGUACCAGGAUGCCCAAAGUUUCGCGGCCGACGUUCGAUUAAUGUUCUCAAAUUGUUACAAGUACAACCCGCCUGAUCACGAGGUUGUUGCCAUGGCGCGGAAACUUCAGGACGUCUUCGAGAUGCGUUUCGCCAAGAUGCCCGACGAGCCGACGGAGCCGUCUUCGCCCAACGCGCUGAACGCCACGGCAGUGGUGAGCAAGAGCACGGGCAGUAGCGAGAGCAGCGCUGACUCCUCCAGCUCCAGCUCCGACUCGGAGGAGGAAAGAGCCACGCGGCUGGCCGAGCUCCAGGAACAGCUGAAGGCUGUUCACGAACAGCUAGCUGCUCUGUCACAGGGGCCGGUGAGCAAACCAAAGAAGAAGAAAGAAAAGAAAGAAAAAGAGAAGAAGAAGAAAGAGAAAGAGAAGGACAAAGACAAGGGGAAGGUUAAAGCGGAGGAAGACAAGAAAGCCAAGUCGUCUCAACAGAACAAACAGGCUCAGCAGAAAAAGACCACGGCGCGGAAACCCAACAGCACAUCCACUACCAGGCAACCGAAGAAGGGGGCCAAAGCCGGAGGCGCAAACUACGAGUCGGACGAAGAGGAGGCCCUCCCCAUGUCGUACGACGAGAAACGGCAGCUUAGCCUCGACAUCAACCGGCUGCCGGGCGAGAAGCUGGGGCGCGUCGUCCACAUCAUCCAAUCCCGCGAGCCCUCCUUACGCGACUCCAACCCCGACGAGAUCGAGAUAGACUUUGAGACGCUCAAGCCGUCCACCCUACGCGAGCUCGAGCGAUACGUCAAGUCCUGUUUACAGAAGAAGCAGCGUAAACCGUUACCGAGCACUGGGAAAAAGAGUACCAAGUCUAAAGAGGAACUGGUUCAGGAAAAGAAGAAAGAGUUAGAAAAAAGGCUACAGGACGUGAGCGGACAACUCAACAACAACAAGAAACCGCCCAAAAAAGAGAAGGCGGGGUCUGCGCAAGGGGGCGGGCCUUCCCGUCUGAGUGGCAGCAGCAGCUCCUCCGACUCCGGCAGCAGCAGUUCCAGUGGGUCCAGCUCAGAUAGCAGCGACUCUGAUUGA